ACACACCGGAGCAGGAGCGUCUACGCUGAACACACCCUCUUCCGCAAACGUCAUAUUGGCGGGAAGUAGCAGCUACUUUGUCCGGCUAAACACAAGCGUCAUUUUAAGUACUAAAUAUUUAACUUUAAUUAAGACUACAGCGCUAAAACACUGACAUAAAGUUGACUGACCUGUUUCGUGUAGCUAAUGCUGAGAUGUCUACUUCAUCUGUGUCAAAGGGCUGUUUUGUUUUCAAGCCAAGUGCUAAGAAGAAAAAGACGCUGAGUUUGGUGGACUAUUUCACUGAUGGCUGUGAAGGUGCUGAAAACAGUGAAGUGCGAUUCAAACUCUGUCAGGAUCUAUGGGACAAAAUCAAAGCAGACACAGAGGUUUUACAGGAUGAACUCAACAGGAAAAUCCUGGACAGUUUGCUGGACUUCACCAGAAAGUGCUCUUCCACCCGUCAACACAGUGACUGGGCAUCGCAGAUGAGAGCCAGCGAGAUUCCCACAGCAGCUCUAGUCCUUGGUGUGAAUGUCCCAGAUCAUGACAUGACUUUUCAGAGUUUGUCUGAGCUGCUGCAGCAGUCAGUCACUCCUCAUGUUGCCUCUGUACAGGCCAAAGAGUGUGGAGCAUUGAAGCAUUUGAUGAAGAGGGUGCUGGAGAGGUUAAUGGAUACAGUUGUGACUGUGGAUGAUGAGGAGGAGGAGGGGGAGGAGGCUGAGCAGACCGAGCAGACCAGUGCUCAGCUCCACAAGAGCGUGCACUGUUCCCUCGGCACGCUCUGUGAUUGGUACAACACAAAAACAAAGGUGAGGCCCACUGGUACUCCUGGAAAAAAGCGUAGUUCUCCAGCUAAAGAUGAGCAACAGCAGCCUCCUGUUGUGAUUAUUUUCAAAGACUUGGAGGCUUUCAAUCCACGAGUUCUCCAAGACUUCAUACUCAUCUGCAGUCGGUACAUUGAACGUCUCCCACUGAUGUUCAUCUUUGGCAUCGCCACGGCACCCAGCACCAUCCAACACAUGCUGCCUCACUCUGUGUCCUCCCUGCUGUGUAUAGAGCUCUUCCAGUCCCUGUCCUGCACCCAGCACCUGGCCACAGUCAUAGACAAGUUGAUCCUGACACCAAAGUUCCCUUUUAAGCUCAACGGUAAAGCGAUGCAGGUGCUGAUCAGCAUCUUCCUCUACCACGAUUUCUCAGUGAGAAACUUCAUCAAGGGCAUUCAGCUGGCUCUGCUGGAACACUUUCACUCCCAGCCUCUCAGUGUUUUGUGCUGCAGGAAGAAGGAGGCCCUGCUUCACAUGACACAGCUCAGUCACCGCGACGUGGAGAGGAUCAGGCAGCUGCUGUCGUUCAAGAGGUAUGUAGAGAAGCAGGAACAACAGGAACAAGUCAAUCUAUUAAAGGACGACAAUCAUUUAAAGGAGGUGUGUCAGAGACUGAUAAAGGACCUUAAUAAAUACCACAAAAACUAUUACCCUGUCCUGAGGUGUCUCCACACUCUGACCUCAUCAUUACCUCGAUACCCCCUUGGAAAACAGAUCAGGGAGCUCCAUUUAAUAUGCCUUGAGAAGAAUGUGUGGGAGAAUGAGGAUUACCAGACAGCCAUGAAGCUUCUGAGGAUGCUGGCGAAAGACGAGCUGAUCACUUUGCUCCAGAGGUGCGCAGAGACUCUGCAGUCUGUCAAGUCAAAGAAGAUGAAGAACGCUCUUGUCCAGCUGGAGGAGCUGCUCACUAAAUUUAAACAGCUGGACACAGCUGUCGAAACUGCCCCCACUGUGGAGGAGAGUUUCACCUCUCCAGUGAAAAAUCUUCAGAAGAAAACAGAUCUCUUCCAGCUGCAGAAGACGCUGCUGGAGAUGAACGAGACUCGCAGAUCCAAGAAACUGAGUCCAUUUGAGGUUCUCCGAAAUGAAGCCCUCGACUUUAUUGACGGCUUAGUGAGGAGCUACCUGUCUCCCCCAGAGUCUCAGACACUGAACGAAGUCUGCUACUACAGCUCGUCUGCCACUGUGCGGCGCCACCUCAACGCUACGCCUCGUACUUCAAUUCAAGCGGCGCUCAGCAGUCCCUACUAUUAUCUUCAGAAUGACAACCUGAAGACUGAGGAUGGAUCAGUUUCUAAUGCUGCUCCUGAUAUCUGCAUCGCUUACAAGCUGCAUCUGGAGUGUGGAAGGCUGAUCAACCUUUAUGAUUGGCUAGAAGCCUACGCCACUGUGGUGUCUGCAGCUGAGGGUAACGAUCCAGACUCUGACAAUUUUGGGAAAGUGGAUGAAGUCAAACACGCUCGCUUCAUCCAAGCUGUAUCAGAGCUCGAGUUUCUGGGAUUCAUCAAGUCUACCAAGCAGAAGACGGAUCACGUGGCCCGACUCACCUGGGGAGGCUGCUGACCAACUCAUCAAGAAAGAUACGAUCUGUAUGUCUGUAGAUACUGAGCACUUAUCAAGUGUGAUUUGGAUUUAUAUUUCAUAUCGUAUUUCCCUCUAAUAAAAGAUAUGUUGUUAAUGUCUGAUAA